CCUUGUGUGGGGGUGGGGGAGGGGUUUCGUUUCGCUAAAAUACCCAAACAAAAAUUAAUAGGCACCAUUAAGCUUCACCUUUUGCACGCGAAGCCCAGCAGAGCAACGACGCCAAUCGUCGACGUCCUCCCCAGCCAUCCGUCUCGGUGUCGUCGUCGGCAGCCUUCCCCCUUGCCUUGUGAGUUGCAGAUCGGCGCCGCUCCCCUCAAUCUCGAUGUGAUGCUUUGUGGUGGUUCAGAUGCUGCUAUUAUACCCAUUGGUUUGGGAGGUUUUGUGGCAUGCAAAGCCCUAUCACAGAGGAAUACAGACCCUACCAAAGCUUUACACCCUUGGGACAUUGAAAUACAACAAAAAUCCUGCUCAUUCUUGCUGCUACUCACCAUGUUUUUAACCGAGAUGGAUUUGUCAUGGGGAAGGAGCUGGAGUUUUACUUUUGGAAGACUUGGAGCAUGCAAAGUGCAUGCAGGCAGAGAUAAUUUGAUAGCUUUAGGGGUAGAUGUAUCUAGGAAAGCUCUUGAGAUGGCAAAUGUUGACCCUGAUGAUCUUGACCUUAUAUUGAUGUGCACGUCUACACUAGAGGAUCUAUUUGGUAGUGCUCCACAGAUACAAAAACAACUUGGCUGCAAAGCAAAUCCAUUGGCUUAUGACAUUACAGCUGCAUGUAGCGGAUUUGUGUUGGGCUUAAUAUCAACUGCUUGUCACAUUAGGGUGGUGGAUUUCGUAAUGUUCUUGUUAUUGGGGCUGAUGCUCUGUCAAGAUAUGUUGAUUGGAGCGAUAGAGGGAGUUGUAUUCUCUUUGGGGAUGCGGCUGGUGCUGUGCUAGUACAGCCCCAUCAACUGGACAUUAAAUUUGCUGCAGUGGUUCAGGCAUGCCAUGACAAGAUAUGAAGCUCAACUCCAAAAGUUCUGUAACUUAAUGGAUUUUGUUUUCGAUUCACCUACACCUGAAGCUCUGCAUGGGAGUGCUUCUACAGUUGACCGGUUGAAGUAUAAAUUGGAGAAUUCUAAGUUUUGGGCUCAGCUCCUGCGGCGUACACUCUCCUUGGGACAAAAAGGCAUAGUGGAUUUGAUGGAGUUGUUACUAUCUCCAAUCUCAAAAGUCCUGGACAUGGUGUGAGGUUGUCAUCUGCUUAAUUACUAUUUACAUUUUUUAACUCAGUUAAAUCUGUUCCCGAGAUUGAUGAUGUUUAACAUUUUAGUGAACUUAAUUGAUUAUUCUUAUUUGAGUGAGACAAGAUCCAGAAGGAUAUUUCUUCUACAUUAUUUAUAUUCAUUUCUAUGUGUGGCUUUGAAGUAUUGACAAGGUGACAGAGUUAAUGAAAAAUGGUCUAAACAAUUGUAAUUA